CGCGGCCACACCGGUGCCUCCCUCGCGUCCGGCUGCCGCGGAUCUGAGGGCCACCUGAGAGGCACCUGCGCAAGAUUCUCAGCUUUUCUCCGGGGAGCGGGCCGUGUCCUGAGGCCGGGCAGCCCCGGGGCAGCCACUGGACAGCCGCUCCCAAGAGGACGGGCGCCGCGACUCCCGGGCACUUGGCGGAGUCCGCGGGACGGCUCUCCGAGGUAGUUGGUCCUCUCCGGGUAGCCUUCGGCGUCCGGUGGCCAGCCGGGCAGAGUCCACGUGACUCCGGGGGGCAACAGGCAGGAGCAUGGCUGCCACCAGACCGCUGUCCCGCUUCUGGGAGUGGGGGAAGAACAUCGUGUGCGUGGGCAGGAACUACGCAGACCACGUCAGGGAGAUGCAGAGCGCCGCACUGAGCGAGCCGGUGCUGUUCCUGAAGCCGUCAACCGCGUACGCCCCCGAGGGCUCGCCGGUCCUCGUGCCCGCCUACACCCGCAACCUGCACCACGAGCUCGAGCUGGCCGUGGUGAUGGGCAAGCGCUGCCGCGCCGUCCCGGAGGCCGCAGCCAUGGACUAUGUGGCCGGCUAUGCCCUGUGCCUGGACAUGACCGCCAGGGACGUGCAGGACGAGUGCAAGAAAAAGGGGCUGCCCUGGACUCUGGCCAAGAGCUUCACGGCCUCCUGCCCGGUCAGCGCGUUCGUGCCCAAAGAGAAGAUCCCUGACCCUCACAACCUGAAGCUCUGGCUCAAGGUCAACGGCGAACUCAGGCAGGAGGGUGAUACAUCCUCCAUGAUUUUUUCCAUCCCCUACAUCAUCAGCUACGUUUCAAAGAUCAUGACCUUGGAAGAAGGAGAUAUUAUCUUGACCGGGACGCCAAAGGGAGUGGGACCCGUUAAAGAAAACGAUGAGAUCCAGGCUGGCAUACACGGGGUCGUCAGUAUGAGAUUUAAGGUGGAAAAGCCAGAAUAUUGAGUGUAUACAAAGCACCCUAACUUCUUAACACGUUUCAGGGGGAAGGGGAACAAGACAAAAGCAAGAAAAGGUUAUUUAAUGUGAUAAUACUUUAAUGAGAAACCAAUUUUUUAAGAUGAUUGGAUUGCUAUGCCUCAACUCAAGGAAGAUGGACCGUCGGAGAAAAACUUGAUCUAGAAGAGCUGGGCCAGAAAUGGAAAUGAGAAGCAGUGCCUCCUAGGAAACAACAAGCCAAAUGUUCAGAAAACUUACUUUCCUUUCCUGAAACUGGACUGGAUAAGACUUCAGUGGGUCAUUCUGGGACCACGUGUUCAAGACUUAAAAUCUGCAAAGGAAAUGGAAAAGCACGUUUCAUCAGUGUUUCCCAAAGCCCCUUGAUCAUGAAAAUCAUCUGGAGGUAUUUGUAAAAGUAAAAAUUUCCAAAUUACUGGGCCAUCCCAGGCCUAAUGUAUUAAUUAAUGGAAUCAAUCUCUGGCACUCCAAGUGAUUCUUAUCAUGCAAAUGUGGAAAAACACUACUCCACAUAGUUAAUUAAAAGUUUUAUUUAAUAAGUGAACAAUUAAUGAAAACCUCACUUGUUUACUUAGGGUGUGUAUUCUGGCCCAUAGAUUCUGAGUUCAGGAGAUAAUUUUGAAACUAUGGUUUCCCAAAUAAAUAUGCUGUCUUUUGUGUGACCUAAAAGUGUACUUUUUUCCCCCCAAUAGUGGUUAGGAGGGACACAUCCUCAUUAAGGGGCUUCAGACCUUGGUCUUUGGCCUUUGGCCUCCAGAAUACUGUGCUUUAUUAACAGAGUUAAUCAGCACCUGUACCUCGCACCCAGCGAUAAGGAAGCUUCAGGGAAGUCAAACUGCCUCUGAGUGCUGCUUUUGCUCUCACCUGCUCCCUUCUCUGACAAAAAGCUAAGUGAGAUGCACAACACAGCUGUCAGAGUGCCUGGCGGAGUCCUUUAGGCUUAGGCAGGCAGGAGCUCCUGCUGUUAGCCUAAACAGAAGGCACCUGCUGGCUCCUAACAUUUAUUGAGCACUUAGUACUACUAGGCACUGUGCCAAGAGUUUUCUGUGUAUUAUUUAAUCCUCAACAAAACUGGAGGGUGGUAUUAUUACUACCAUCCCUGUUACACAGAUGGAGACAGAUUUAGAGGCUAGCCAGCCUGGCUGUAUGGUCACUCAGCUAAGUGGCAGAGCCAAGAUGUAACCCAGCCAUCCCAAGACCAAAUCCUGAAGUCUUUUUUCUCCGUAUUUUUUUUUACUGAAGUAUAGUUGAUUUACAAUGUUGUGCCAAUCUCUGCUGCACAGCAAAGUGACUCAGUUUUACACAUAUAGAAAUUUUUAAAAAAUAUUCUUUUCCAUUAUGGUUUAUCCCAGGAGAUUGGAUAUAGCUCCCUGUGCUAUAUAGUAGGACCUUGUUUAUCCAUUCUAAAUGUACAAAACCUGAAGUCUUGACCACAA